CUCCAGAAGUUCCAGCAGAAGGCUCGGAAACAAACUAAGCAGAAGAAAUUCAAGUCGGCUGAAUUUCUGAUGGAAAAAGAAGAGAGAACUGAAACAGAAGGCAUUGCAAACCCAGCUUUUAACAUCAGCAGCACUCAUCUUUCAGCAUCUCAGACUUCAGAGGAGGACAUUAUUAGACAUGACAAGCGGGAUAGCACCCUUGCAGCUCACCAACAAAAACUUGGGCUGCUAGCCCAAGCCGAACCAAGAGGAAAUGAAUGCAGCAGAAAUUACUUUGACCCUCUGAUGGAUGAGGAAAUAAACCCAAGGCAGUGUGGGAUGGAGGUCAGCGAAGAAGAUGAAAGAUUCCUCUAUGAGAAAUUGAUGACAUUCCUAUAUGAAGAGAACAGCAUGAUGGGACCACAAGGUAAAUAUCCUUUCAUUCACAAGACUGUAGCGAUGUGUGUUCUGGGAGACUUCAGCAUCCAUGAAAUGCUUGUUAAAGAAAAAGAUGAAGGCAUUUCAGAUUCUGCACGUCCUGUCAGCUAUACUCAGACUGGUGAUCUUUGUGAGGAAAUGGAAGAUGAAGAGACUCUGCCUUACAUAGAACACUUCGAUAAGCAAGUUCAAGAUGAGAUGAUCACCUUUGACAACUUUCUGCUGGAACAGGUCAGAGUGAAGAACCAAGAGACCACUUAA